AUGAAUACUGAUAAAGAUAACGUUUGUUUCUUCCCAGAAAAAGUUCCGCAGGUCGUUUGUAAUAGAGAAUAUAUCAGUUUCGAAAAUCUGCUCAAUCGGUCUAAGAAAACGCCGAGUAAUUGCCGAUCUGAACUCGAACAUAUUCUACUUUUAGCUGGUUGUUAUGAUAUGCAACCGAUUAAUUUACAUAAUCAUAUGAUUUGUAGCAAUCAUCGAAACUCAUUCUUAGAUUUGUGGCGACGAAAGAACAAUUGCUUACUAUGUGUAGAUGUUUUCGGACAGUCAACACGUUCAAUUUCUUCUCUUCAACGCAUAACAAAAGCAUUAGCAAUAGCAGCAUGGAAUAAACGACAAUUGAAUAUAUACUAUAAAUUGGCUUGCACUCAGUGCAGAAAGCUUUGUGAAAAGGAAUUCGGUAGCGCAAAUGAAACAAAUUGCUUUGGAUGGAUUUAUGAUGAAAGAAAUUAUUAUACUCCAUCGAUUGUUCCAGAUCGUUUUUCUCCACAGAAUAGUGACUAUGAACCUGGAGUCGAUGAUAUUUCGCCGCAUGACGAAGAAGAUGGAAAAAAAGAACUCAGAGGUUGGCUUGCGUCAACAAACUAUCGAGGACGCUGGAGGUCGACCGCAAAUUAUUCAUGCCUUAGUAAACAUGAGCGGGGGAAGUUUCGUAAGCAAAUGAAAGGAAUCUUUCUUCAUGUUCUACAACAGUUUACUUCCACCGAUGCAAACGUUGUUUGGGAUGACCUAAUUGAUGAUGAACUUGCAAAACCAAAAACAGCGAAAGGCGUAGAUUACACAACUGUAAUGGAAUCGUUGAAAGAUGCUUAUUCUAAAGCAGAACAUUGGAGUACUAAAAGACAAUUAUUGUCAAUUGUCGCUGCUGAUCUACCACCACGUUUGCUCAAAGCUGAAUUUCCGGAGUUGACAGAUUGGAAAAUAAAAGCUGCGCGCGCUCAAGCUUUUUUUCACGGUAACUCACAGAAGAUUUGUAUUGAUGUAGCAUAUAUGAGCGAUAUUGUUAUUCUCGAUGUAGGACGAGGUGUACUCCCUGAAAUUAUGCACUGUCCUGUUCAACGAUAUACAGAAAAACAGUUGUCUCAUUUAAUUACAUUUAUCCAGUCGCCCCAUAUAACAACAGAUAUGCCUUUUGGUGAACGCAAAUUGAAACUAAGUAAUGGUGAAAGUGUCGUCGUGCCCGAUGUGAUUCGUAACAUAAGUCCAUCUCGUAUUAUAUCUCAAUACUUUGAAUACUGCAAGGAAACAAUCGAUAAUGAUGAAUUUCAGCCACUUGGUGCAUCAUCUUUGUUUGCAAUUUUGAGAAAAUGCAGUGCUUCUAUACGAAAAAGCUUGGUCGGUUUGGAUACUUUCUCGUGCGAUGGCUCGACAGCCUUUGAUCAGCUGCAAAAUUUGUGCGAUGAAAUGGCUCUCUAUGGUGCAUAUCGAGCGAAAGACUUUGUUCACUUACACAUCUUGUCAUUUCUAUUUUCUAUAGGUGCACAAGCAGAAACAGUGAUUCGUCUGAAACAAGCAUUACAUGAUGCACGUAAUUAUCUGAAGUUGGAUUAUCGAACGCAUAUAUCAAAGAGUAGUAGAGUUCCGGACCAUUGUUCGAUAUUUGGCCUGAGUGAUGCGCAAAAUUCAGCCUGGCGUGAAAAAUGUGAUCACGAACAUGAUGAAGAAUGUGAUGCCUGUUUACGUUUGCGCGAGGCCUUUGAUCAUAUUUCUUCGAUAAUUGAGGAGAAUUUGAAUAUCACUGAUGACAUGCGAGCUCGAUUACGAUAUCGACUAGAACAAAAUGUUCAACUGAUUAUUGAUUGGAAAAAACACCUGUUACCGUCUUCCUCGUUGCCGACAAGAUAUCGAGAGGCACAGAGAGAUUUUUUCGGCAAACGUGGGCUGCCUUGGCAUAUAACAUAUGCUAUUCGUGUCAAACCAGGAUCAUUUUCCACCUGUACUACACCAUCCGCUGCUUCACACUCAUCAAGUAACAAUCGUUCCUUGGAGCACAGAACAUUCUGUCAUGUAUUUGACAAUGCCAAACAAGAUGGUCGUGCCGUUAUCAGUAUUUUAUCCAAUGUCCUCCAGGAACUAAAGAAGCAAAACAGCAAUCUCACUUAUGCAUACAUUCGCACAGACAACGCUGGAUGUUAUAAAGGAUCAGAUACUCUUCUUGCCGUACAAGAGCUCUAUAAAAUUACGGGUGUUUUGGUUCGCCGUUUUGAUUUUUCUAAUGCGCAGUCUGGCAAGGGGCCCUGUGACCGCAUGGCGGCGGUCAUAAAAGCAAACAUCCGUCGAUUCAUCAAUGAGAAAAAUGAUUGUGUCUCUAGUUCAGAUUUUGUUCGGGCAGCAAAGUCGACACGUCACAUGUCUCUUAUGUCAUGUCGUAUGCCAAGUUCUUCUGUUUCGAAUAAAACUAGAUGGCAUGGAAUUCAAAACUAUAAUAAUAUUGAAUAUAAACUGGUAUCAAAACGAGAGUUACGUCGACAAAAAAUAGAAAACAAAGAGAUCGAGGUGACGGUCUGGCGAGCAUUCAACGUAGGAGUUGGUCAAUUAUUUCAAUGGUCAAAACUAAAUACAUCAAGAUACAAUAUCGCUCCUAUUGAGAUUAGUCUUCGACAUGAUAACUAUCAAUGGCAGGAUGAUAGUUUCGAGAGAGAAGGUUCAGAAAAUAUUGACACAGAUGAUGUUUUGUUCAAACAAGAAGUAGUAGAAAAUGGUGAUAAUAUCAAUAUGGAUCAACAUUCGUCUUCCUUUGUGACUUUUGAUUGUACUGAACCGCAUUGUAUCAUGCAAUUUCGUCGUGAAGAUCGUCUUCGUGCACAUCUCCUAAUUGGUAAUCACAAAACCGUGGCUCCUCCUGUGCGGCUUCUUGAUAAAGCAGCGGUUAUUUAUAAGGAAUCUCUAGAGAAUGAUAACAUAAAGGAAAUACCAAUUCUUACUUCAAUCAACACAGUUGUAGCAAAUCCAAGAAUUUCUACAGUCACUCUGAAAGAAGGGUGGGCACUUUUCCAUCCUCGGCCCAAAGUCACAUUCACACUGGUUCAGCGAUCGUAUCUGAUUGAAAAAUACGAUGAAGGUGAGAAGACUGGUGCAAAGUGCGAUCCUUCCAAAUUAGCAGAACAAAUGCAAACCGCCAGGAUAAAAGAUGAAUUUAUGUUUCAACCUGAUCAGUUUCUAACUACUUCCCAAAUCAAGUCUUAUUUUUCUCGACUAACACGCGAACGUCGAAAGAAUACGAAAGAAUCUCAAACGACGAUGAAACAAUGCAAAAAGUCGGCAAAGGACGAUGAGGAUUAUCAAUCAGAAGAAGACAGCGAUGAUGGUGAUGAAUUUGAAUCGGUUCUAGCUGAUGCUCAAACUCAUGAAUUACUCGAUAAUGCAAUAGAGGUUCUUGAUGAUAUAUUGAUGAAACAACAACGAAAUCAGAAAAAGUCAAUAUCAUAUUCUUAUACACACGGAUAG